UAUUCUGAAAGAGAUCGUUUCUGCUCUUGUGGGCACUUUUUAAAAAAUAUAUUGGGAUUUACAUUAUUCUGAAGAUUUUUUUCUCGGCGUAAUAGAAAGCCACAUAUCGGGAAAAUGUCAAUUCUGUUUUCAUGAAUAAUUUUCUGCGGUACAGUUAUUGUUUGAAAAAUGGCGGAUACUAGUAGAUCGCGAGUUCCCUCGGCUCGAGAAACCAUGGAAACACUAAUGGAGAUCUCCAAACUGUUGAACACAGGACUUGAUGGGGAGACGCUGGCGACCUGUGUACGUUUGUGUGAAGGGGGUGUCAACCCUGAAGCUCUGGCACUUGUCAUUCAAGAGUUACUGCGUGAGUCAUCGGCUGUCAAGGCAUCUGAGACUUCUGGCCAGUCCUAUUCCUGACAGUGAUGUAAUGUGUGGAACAAACACAGGCUGUGAUAGUUGGGAUGAUGCUGUGGAUGCAGAAGCCAUCACACUGUUGUUGUCAACAUCUUCGAGAUUGGGUGGCACUUCACAGGAACUGUUAUGAGUGUCAUCAUAUGUCGACGCAAUAUGAAUGUAUUCAUGGACAGAGGAUUUGUCUCCCCUUCUGUCAGUCCUGCAGUUAAUGUAGGAUUUGUGCUGGGACACUAGUUUUGUUACAGUUAUUAUUGAUAAUCAUGUAAUUGGACAGCUAUUCAUUGUGUAUGCAUGUAAUAAAGAAUGAUCAUUAAA